AUGAACCAAGUGCGAAGUUUUAAAAGCAGAGCCAAAGGCAACUGCGUGGGAGCUGUUGCGUCGUGCCCACAGCGCGAGAAGCGCGAUAAAGGCGAUGAAGGACGGAGACUCAAAAGAGAAAAAAGAGAAAAAAUAAAAAACAUUUGUAGAAAGAUAAACCUCCUCCAAAAAACCGUGUGUAACUCGACUGACAACUUUAAGUGUGUCGAAAUUUUAUUUCACGAGGCGGGAUCGAAAUGUGUUGUGUCCAAGAGGAGGAAGAAGCCCGUCAAGCGUGGGGAAGAGCCUGUUUCUGACUCCCCCCAGAGGGGCAUCUUCUUUAGGGGCAGAAUUAACCACCUCGAGUUCUUUGACACCCCGAAGUUGUGCGCCUUCUUUGAGAAGCACGCGGUGGAGGUGGUCCAGGGGGCGCCCCACGCGGAGGGCAAAGUGGACGACAACAGAGCAGGACACGCGGAUGGCAACCCGAAAGACCACUUUGCAACCCAUUUGGCAACCCACAAAGAUACAUCAGCCAAUGGCGAAGAAUUUGUUUACCCCUUAAGAGAGGAACCACUAACGAUAGAGAAGAAUCGAUUACCAAGCGGAGAGGGAAUGCCUCUCCAGACAUUCUCACUCAUCGGGAAGGAUGCAAAUUGUUGUAAGGACCAGUGGGACGAGGUCAUAAGUAAUGCGGGGGACGUGUGGACUGCCAAUUAUGCGAAUCAGCCUACAUGGAUGAAUGCUGAUGAGCUUACCGGAGAGGGCUUCACCAACGAGGGAAAGACAAAUGGAGACAACAGCCCACAGGAUAACAAAAGGAAGAACAAGCAAGUGAAUGACUCAGGUCAUUAUUCUAGCUUCAACAAGAGGAUGAAAUUAGGCGAAUGCGAAAGACAAGCGAACACAAAUAGUGUUUCACCUGAGCAAUUACAAGCUGAUUUUGUUCAAUUCGCAUCAGGGCAGCACGUCGAAUGGGACGAUUCACCUCGGGGCACGCACAUAAAAUGGGUUAUGCAAGAUAUACCCACUUCGAAAAACGAGCGUCUUGCGAAAGAUGUACCCACUGCUCACACCAGUCGAAUGCCCCCCAAUGAGAUCCUCCAACGGGGAAGCACAAUCAGAGGAGAAAGCCUCGCCCGAAAAAAAAUUCUAAUGCUAAAAGUCUCCAGCAUUGUGUUCAAUCAUGGGCAAGGCAAAAGGUGUCAUUUGCGAGAUGGGGAGAGUGCAAUGAAGAAGGGAAACCAACUCAACACAUCGGAAAAUCCUCUCGAGCGAAGAAAGCCUAAUCAGAAUGAUGACGGUAAGGCUGGCUAUAUGAUGACUGUACCCACUGAUGAAGCACAAUCGGGAUUGGACAGAAAGUUCCUUACAGAUGAUGACGAGUUGGAGGACGAACUGAAGAUCAGGGAAGACAUUCAAUUCGUAUACAAUUUAUUUUGCAUUUUGGCUGUUCAUAUGAAUUCUCUCUUUAGCAUGUGCACCGAACUGCUUCGCUACAAUUUUUCUGACCUAAGUUGCGAGGAUAAGGAGUUGUCCAAUCAAUCGAAGAGGCUCAUUAAACUCAUAAGUGAGUAUCAGAAGGAGGAGAACUUCGCCAUCCGAUUCGCCAAAUGCAUUUUUCGCGUUUGCAAGGGGUACACGCGCAUAGGGAAAGGGCCCAAAAAAGGUUGUUCUGAAGGUGCUUCUCAAGGUGGUUCUGAACGUGGCUUCCAAUCUCCCCGCAGAGGAACCUUAGCCCACUUCGACAUGACGAUCGUGAAGAAGAUAAUCAGGACUCUCCUAAAAUGGGAACGAGAGGACGAGAACAUUCAGAUCAUGUUCACACAGAACAGAGGAGACAAACAAUCAAACAGAUUUAAAAUAGAAAUAGUGAAUCACCAGAUGGUGAAGCAAAACUUCGACGUGAGGAAACUCUACUUCUGCAAAUACAACGGUGACCUGUUGGCCUAUUUAAAGAGACUCUCCACUAUGCAUUGUCAAUCCAGUUGGGGUUUCACUCAGGGGAAGGAGAAUAACGCAAAGGGGAUUCUCACAGGAAUGGAUCCAUUCGAGGGGGAGGAAGAAAAUGAAGUAGCCCUAAACCGUGUGAGUCUGUACCAGAGAUGCUGUUCCCCCCUGUGGAGGACCACUAAAGGGAAGACAAGCGCAGAGAUGAAAGGAGAGAUCCAAUUGAACAACGAUGCAGAGAAAGUGUCACAUAUGAGAUGCAGAACAAGGUUAACUAAAAAUACAGAACAUUUUCCUUCCACUAAUGACAGUGAUGGCUCUUUUUGGGAGGACUCAAACGAGGAGGGAGCAGAGGACAACACCCCCUUGGAAAUCUUCCCAAACGGGCAAACUAACCUCACCAAGAACCAGAUGAGCAUCAUCCUCUAUCUGAACAAAAUAUUAACAAACGAAAUUAGAAGCAGCGAAGAUUUACGAAUUCGUGCGAAGAGGGAAGGAAAACAAACGGAGACUCUCCUUUGGGAGGUGAAAAGGUUGCAAGACAUCUUAAGAAGAAAUGGCACCGAUGUGAAAAAUGUUAGAAGCAGUGAAAGGGUUCUAUACAAUACGGUGCAAAUGGAAACAAGUGCAGAGUUUUUCUCCACCAAGGAUGGAAAAGACAUGCACCUAAUGGAGCAGAAAACUUUCGAUGAGAAUGAAAUUGAUCAAUCCAUCUGCAGAAAGGAAACCGAGUUAUUAAACGUAACAAGUGAUGCCCAUGGUAUGGCAGGGAAUUCCCCUUUUUACGCUUCAGCGGAGGGGGAGAAAUGCGCAAACCGCUUCCACCACCCCGAUGACUUCAAAAAGGGGGACCUAAUUAGACAGCUACCCUAUGAGGAAGGAAUCAUCUCUACCAUCGCUGCGAUCGAUACCCCCCCUCCGAAAGAUGGUGGAAACAUAAAUAGGGUGAGACACAUGAUUGGGAAAAUUUUCGAUCAGUUCGUGAAUUCCCAUGUGAAUGCUUCCCAUCCGUGUGAUAAAGUUAUUACAUCUAAAGUAGAUGCAGUGAAGAAGGGGGGAGAUGAGAAGCAGCCACUCCUUGAACCCACUCAAGGAAUCAAGGAACUUAUGGAAGAAUUAGACACGGUGAAGAAGGAAAAUUCUCAGUUUGGAGAAUUUCUGGAGAGAGAAAAGAGACUAGCUUCCCAACUGGGUCUGGAAGUGGAGAGGCAGAAGGAAGCUCUGAUGGAGAUGGAGUUUCAGCUGGAGAGUGAACGGAAGCGAAGCGAGGAACUCAGUCUGCAGGUCGAGGAACUGAAGGUGAAUGUCGAGGAACUGAGGGUGCAUGUUGAAAGGGAAGAAUUAGUGAACGACGCGCUGUUUUCGCAGAUGGAGGAGGAGCGCAAGAUGGGCAGCGAGGUCAAGGCGAGGCUGGAUGAAUUGGCGUCCGAGUUGGAGGCGCAAAAGGGGAGAAGUGACUCAUUGGAGGCAGAGUUAUCCGAAGAAAGGAAAAGAUGCAGUUCAUUGGAGGCAGAGUUGGACGGAGAAAAGGGGAGAAGUGACUCAUUGGAGGAAGAGCUAGCGGAAGAAAGGCACAGAAACCACUCGUUGGAGGCAGAGUUGGAAGGGAAAAAGGAAAGAAGUGACUCAUUGGAGGAAGAGCUAGCCGAAGAAAGGAAAAGAUGCAGUUCGCUGGAGGCAGAGUUGCAAGGAGAAAAGGGGAGAAGGGAAUGGCUGGAGGAGGAGAAGAAAAAAAGUAACUCAGAGGUAGAGCUAGCGGAAGAAAGGGACGGAAGCCACUCGUUGGAUGUGGAGCUGAAGGGGGAGAGGGACAUAAUAGCCGCACUUAAGACAGAGCUGGACGGGGAAAAGAACAGAGUAAACUCACUUGAGACAGAGCUAGAUGAAGAAAGAGACAGAGUUACCUCACUUGAGACAGAACUGGAGGGGGAGAGAAACAAAAUAACCUCACUUGAGACAGAGCUAGAGGAAGAAAGAGACAGAGUUACCUCACUUGAGACAGAGCUGGAGGGGGAGAGAAACAAAAUAACCUCACUUGAGACAGAACUAGAGGAAGAAAGAGACAGAGUUAUCUCGUUGACGGAGCAGAUGGAGGACUCAACGGACAGAUGCCACUCGUUGGAGGUUGAGCUGGAAAAAGAGAAAGACAGAGUCGCAUCGCUGGAGGGGGAGCUCGAGAAAGAGAAAGACAGAGUCGCAUCGCUGGAGGGGGAGCUGGAAAAAGAGAGGGAUAGAGUCUCCUCGCUCGAGGGGGAAAAGCAAGUGAGCGACUGCUUGAGAGCAGAACUGAAGAAGGAACAGGAGAUAAUUAGCGGCAUUAAGGAAGACUUAAAAGCCGAAAAGGAAGCCAGCGCGUUGUUAUUCGCACAGAUUGAGAAGCAAAGAGAGCAACUAACACAGCAGAAGGAAGAGAAUACAAAAAUGAGACAACAGUUGGAUGAACAGACGGAGAGAAGUGAUCCCUUAGAAGUGAACAAAGAGGUACCCUCUGGGAUGAACUACCCAACCGAGGCGACGAACCAAUUGGGACCAGACAAAAAGGAGUUGCCUUUACCCCCACUCGUGGAUCAAAGAGAUAAAGAAAAAGCAACGAUGAAGAUCAGUGAAGGAAAAAAAAUCCAACUGGAAGACAAAUCAAAAGAUGCGAUGAAGUACGGAGAGCUAUACGAUGAGUUUGUAGAAACAGUGGUGGAGAAGGAAGCUCUGGAAAAAGAAAAUGAACUGAUGAUGAAUCAUUUUAAUGGAAAAAUAGAAAUGCUGGGAGAGCAAGCCAAAUACUUUGAUGACAAGAUAAGUCACUAUAAAAUUUUGUGUGAAUCGUACGAAAGGAAAAACAGGCAAGUAGCUCGAUGCAUGGAAAGGAUAGAGGAAGCGAUAAAACAGAUCGAAUUGUGUCGCGAUCUGAGUGAUGUUAACUGGGAAGAACAAAUAGAAAACGUCAAGGAGGUCAUAAAAGAUAUAAAACACACCUAUGCAGUGGAGACAGUCGAGACAGUCGGUACAGAUACUCUCCUGUUUGAUCAAGUCAUAAUGGAAAAGAAUAUACUUCUGGAGAAAAUCUUACAUCUGGAGAGUGAAAAAGGGAACCAAAUAGAACACACAACGGAUAAAGGACAGACACACAACAGGAAGGAUCUCCCAAAUGAGGAAACGACGAAAUACAUGGAAGAAAUGAAUUUCAAGUCAUUGAACGAUCUCUUUUCGUUUCACAUAAACGUCGUCAAUGAGCUGAGUUUUACAAAAAAGUGCUACAACCAGUUGGUGGAGGAGAAUCUAAUGAAGGGGAGAGAAUAUCAAAAUGACAUUUCUCGGCUGAAAAAACUGGUCAAAGAUAAGGAGCGCGAAAUUGGUGUCUCCGAUGAAAACUGCAAGUCGCUUCUGCUGGAGGUGGAAAACUUAAAGUUCAUUCUAAAUGAUUUGUUCACCUGCGGGGGGGGUCGGGCACGCGCCAUUAAGGAGGAGGGGAAGGAGGAGAAAAAGAAGGAAUCUCCAGUGGUGCAGGUGAAAGCGGAGGAGGAAUUAUCUCCAGUGGUGCAGGGGGAAGCGGAGGGCGCGUUUAUCUCUGUUCUCGAAGAGGAGCCCAUCGCCUCUCAGGAGGCGUCGCUGAUAGCCCCAAACGAACCGCCACAGUUGGCUCCGGAUGUGUCUUCCGUGGCGGCCGCGGAGGGGGACGCCUUAUCUUCGGUGCCCUCAAACUCCGCCAACGACAGCUCCCUGCAGAGCAACCCCGUGUCGGUAGACAGCCAAACUUCGAGAAACGCCCAAGGCAGCAACGUCGCGGCGACUUCGAAGGGAAGGAGGACAACAACUAGGAGCCGAACCAGUAGGGGGAAAGAAGCCACGAGGAAAGGGGACAGCAAAGGGGCCAACAGAGGCCAGAGCCGAAGUAAGACUGAAACCAAAACGAACAAGGGAACCAGUGGAAAUAAAAGCAGCCGAGGCAGCAAGAGCAUCCAGGCGGAAAGGGGCAAGGCGGGAAGCGAUUUGUUAGUAGACAGUAGUGUGCCCCAGGAGGGUGGCAGGAAGUACCCGCUCAGGAGCACCAGAAGGAGGAAGUAA